AUGCGCUUCUCCCCUAGCGCCGUUGCAGCUUUGACUGCGUUUUCCUCGAUUCCUCUCGCUCUCGCCUCCGUGGCAACCCCUCUCCACGAAGCUGGUCGAUGCGCAAUCCGAGGUCAUUGUGGCAAGCAAGGCUUUUUUGGCUCUGACUUACCCUGUCCCGAUAAUGGCGAAGCGUCUUCUCCGUCUGAAGAGCUGCGGGAGAAGCUCGUUGACCUUUGCGGAGCGAAAUGGGAGGACACCGAUGUAUGCUGCGAGGAGGAACAGGUCGAUGCUCUGAAAAAGAACCUCAAACUAGCAGAGCGCAUCAUCGCAUCGUGUCCAGCCUGCAGGGAGAAUUUCUUCAACAUUUUCUGCACCUUCACUUGUUCGCCAGACCAAUCUCUCUUUAUCAACGUCACUGCGACCGGCAAAGCGACAAAUGGAAAAGCCGUAGUAACCGAGUUGGACAACGUUUGGUCUAAGGACUAUCAGAGCGGAUUUUUCGAUAGUUGCAAAGAGGUCAAGAACGGCGCCAGUGGUGGCAAGGCUAUGGCAUUCAUUGGAGGUGGCGCGGAAAACUACACCGAGUUCCUGAAGUUCUUGGGCGACAAGAAAUUACUGGGCAGUCCGUUCCAGAUCAAUUUUCUGGAAGAGGCACGGCAUGACGAUCCGGAGGGCAUGAAGCCGCAAGAUCCUCUUGUCUAUGCCUGCAACGAUUCGAAUCCGGAUUAUCGGUGCAGCUGUGUAGACUGUCCUGCGGUAUGCCCAACAUUAGAGCCCGUCAGUUCAGCUAAGGCCUGUCACGUUGGAAAAUUGCCGUGCUUGUCUUUUGCGGUUGUCAUCAUCUAUUCCAUUGCACUACUCCUACUCAUCACUGCAAUAUCUGGUCAUGUGGCAUAUCGGAAGCAUAAGCAGUGGAAGAGUGAGAGGUUACAGUUGUUGCAGGAUGCUGCGCCAAGUGAUGAUGAGGACGAGGGCGAUCUCGUGCACAAUCCUGGGCUUUUAGAGCGACCCAGCAGGAACUACUACUUGAAUCAAGUCUUAGAUCGAGCCUUCAACAAUUUGGGUGGCUUUUGCGCACGCUAUCCGGCCUUGACAAUCGGUGCGAAUAUUGUCAUUGUGGGACUUUUGAGCCUAGGAUGGUUACGCUUUGAGGUUGAAAGAGAUCCUGUUCGGCUCUGGGUUAGCCCCAGUUCCGAUGCAGCUCAAGAGAAGGCUUUUUUCGAUGCAAACUUUGGUCCAUUCUACAGAACGGAGCAGGUCUUCCUCGUCAAUGACAGCUCGCCCACUGCCUCUGUUCUCAAUUACGACAAUCUCGACUGGUGGCUCGAUGUCGAGCAGCGUGUAUCUCGCAUGAUGACGCCUGAGAAUGGCAUUACACUCAAUGAUGUCUGCUUCAAGCCGACUGGAUCGGCGUGUGUGGUUCAGUCUGUCAGUGGAUGGUUCGGAGCUGGGCUAACUAGUGAUUGGGAAGACCAGAUCAAGCUCUGUGCUGCACAUCCUGGUGAUCAGAGAUGCUUGCCCGAAUUUAUGGAUCCACUCCAACCUGGUCGUAUCUUGGGAGGGUAUGAUGACAUUGACAAUAUCACCCACGCGAAAGCUAUGUUUACCACCUGGGUUGUCAACAACCAUCAGCCUGGAACAGAGGGCGAGGCCAGAGCUGAAGAAUGGGAACGUGCUCUCAAGCAUGAACUGCUGAUUUACCAAGAAGCUGCCAGAUCCCGAGGCCUCCGGCUAUCUUUCAAUACUGAGAGCAGUCUGGAGGAGGAAUUAAACAAAUCAACCAACACAGAUGCCAAAAUUGUCGCAAUCAGCUAUGUUGUCAUGUUCAUCUAUGCCUCGAUUUCCUUAGGAUCGGCCAGUCUAUCUCUCAGAGCCCUUCUCAGUAACCCCUCCAAUGCUUUGGUGCAAUCUAAAUUUACUCUGGGUGUGGUCGGCAUUGUCAUUGUACUGAUGUCUGUCUCCGGCUCCGUUGGCUUGUUCUCCGCCGCCGGUGUGAAGGUUACAUUGAUCAUUGCGGAGGUGAUUCCCUUCUUAGUGCUCGCGGUUGGUGUGGACAACAUAUUCCUCAUCGUUCACGAGUUCGAACGAGUCAAUGUCAGUCACCCAGAUGAGGAGAUCGAUCAGCGUGUCGCAAAAGCACUCGGACGCAUGGGUCCAAGCAUUCUCCUUUCGGCAUCAACAGAAACCAUAGCUUUUGCGAUGGGUGCAUUUGUUGGUAUGCCGGCUGUCAAGAACUUCGCCGCGUAUGCUGCAGGUGCAGUUUUCCUGAACGCAUGUUUACAAGUUACAAUGUUCAUCUCCAUUCUCGCGCUCAAUCAGCGACGCGUGGAGAGUCUCCGAGCCGACUGCUUCCCUUGCGUUACAGUCCGCGGUGCCAACUUUGUCAGCAUGCCAGGAGGACAUUUCUUCGGGUCCGACGAAGAGGGCUGGCUCCAGAAAUUCAUUCGCAAGUCAUAUGCCCCGACUCUACUCGACAAGAAGAUCAAGACAUUUGUGGUGGCAUUCUUCGUGAGCAUCUUUGCCGCCGCGAUCGCGCUUCUCCCAGAGAUCCAACUCGGUCUCGACCAGCGCAUUGCACUGCCCAGCGACAGCCACAUGAUUCCAUACUUUAACGACAUGUACGCUUAUUUCGGCUCCGGCCCGCCUGUGUAUUUUGUCACACGAAAUGUCAACCUCACGGAGCGAGCACACCAGCAACAAGUCUGCGGUCGCUUCACGACUUGUAGUGAAUAUAGUCUAGAGUACAUUCUGGAGCAGGAAUCGAAACGACCCGGGGUCAGUUACAUCAACUCGGCGACGGCCAGCUGGGUGGAUGACUUUUUCUACUGGCUCAACCCCAUCAGUGAUUGCUGCAGGGACGAGGAUGGAGUCACAUGCUUCAAGGACGGAGAUUGGAACAUUACGCUCUCCGGCAUGCCGGUUGGUGAAGAAUUUAUCAACUACGCAAGUAAAUGGAUCCGUGCUCCGACGGACGAAGAGUGUCCGAAUGGUGGUCAAGCUGCGUACUCGACGGCGGUGGUGAUUGACGAGGAGAAUGUUGACAUCCCAGCCAGUCACUUCCGGACGUUCCACACCCCGCUUAAAGGCCAGAAAGAUUUUAUUGAGAGCUACGCGGCAGCAAAGCGCAUCGCAGGCGAAGUGAGCGAGAAAAACGAAGGGAUCGAUAUCUUUGCGUACAGCAAGCACUAUAUCUUCUUCGACAUGUACAGCAGUAUUGUACGACUGACGGCAACUCUGGUCGGGGUUGCGAUUCUGAUCAUCUUCGUCCUCAGCUCGAGUUUACUGGGAAGCAUCGCGACCGGCGCGGUCGUGAGUGUCAGUGUGGUCAUGAUCGUCGUGGACGUGAUGGGCGUCAUGGCACUCGCGGGCGUCAGCCUCAAUGCCGUCAGUCUGGUGAACCUGGUGAUCUGCGUGGGCAUCGGGGUUGAGUUCUGCGCCCACAUGGCUCGAGCGUUCAUGUUCCCCAGCAAGAGCGUCAUGGAGCGUGGACGGCACAAGUUCCGCGGUCGCGACGUGCGGGCGUGGACGGCGCUGGUCAACGUGGGCGGCAGCGUGUUUAGUGGGAUCGGAGUGACCAAGUUUCUUGGUGUCGUGGUCCUGGCUUUUACGCGCAGUAAGAUCUUUGAGGUCUAUUACUUUCGUGUGUGGUUGGCGCUGGUUGUGUUGGCGAGCGCGCAUGCUUUGGUAUGGUUACCUGUUGCGUUGAGCUUCGCAGGUGGUGACGGCUAUAUCGAUCCAGAGAGCGAAGGAGGACUGGAAGAAGACCUGGCGAGUAGAAGGUAUAGAAGUCUUUUGCCGGAUGACGACGAUUAUGAUUCCGACGAGGACUAUUAG